AUGCUGGAGACUCUGGGGCUUUGGGCACUGCUUCCCGCAGCUGUGCAGGCACCUCCAAGAAAGCGAACCUGUGUAUUCUUUGAAGCCCCUGGAGUAUGGGGAAGCACAAAGACACUGGGGGAGCUGCUAGAUGCAGGACCAGGGCCCCCCAGGGUUAUCCACUGCCUCUACAGCUACUGCUGCUUUGGGAUCUGGAAUGUGACCCAAGACCAGGCACAAGUGGAGAUGCAAGGAUGUCGAGACAGUGAUGAGCCAGGCUGUGAGUCCCCUCAUUGUGACCCAACCCCCCGAGCCCACCCCAGUCCUGGCUCUAUUCUCUUCACCUGCUCCUGUGGCACUGACUUCUGCAAUGCCAAUUACAGCCAUCUGCCUCCUCCGGGGACCCCUCGGACUCCCGGCUCCCAGGGUCCCCAGACCUUGUCAGGCGAGUCCAUCUGGAUGGCGCUGGUGCUGCUGGGGCUGUUCCUCCUCCUCCUGCUGCUUCUGGGUAGCAUCAUCUUGAGCCUGCUACAGCGAAAGGCCUGCAGAGUGCGAGGAGGGCCAGAACGAGAGCCAGAUUCAGGCAGAGACUGGAGUGAGGAACUGCCAGAGCUGCCAGAGCUGUGCUUCUCCCAGGUCCUGCAGGAAGGAGGCCACUCGGUGGUGUGGGCCGGGAAACUGCACGGGGAACCAGUAGCUAUCAAGGCCUUCCCCCCGAGGGCUGUGACCCAGUUCCGAACUGAGCGAGCGCUGUAUGAGCUGCCAGGCCUAAAGCAUGAGUACAUUGUCCGCUUUAUCACUGCCAGCUGGGGAAGCCCUGGCCCCCUGCCCUGUGGGCCCCUACUGGUGCUGGAACUGCACCCCAAGGGUUCCCUGUGCCACUACCUGACCCAGCACACCAGUGACUGGGGAAGUUCCCUGCAGAUGGCGCUGUCCCUGGCCCAGGGCCUGGCAUUUCUCCAUGAGGAGCGCUGGCAGGAUGGUCAAUAUAAACCAGGUAUUGCCCACCGAGACCUGAGUAGCCAGAAUGUGCUCAUUCGGGAAGAUGGGUCAUGUGCCAUUGGAGACCUGGGCCUCGCCUUGGUGCUCCCUGGCCUCACUCAGCCCCCUGCCUGGGCCCCUACUCAACCCCGAGGCCCGGCUACCAUCAUGGAGGCUGGCACCCAGAGGUACAUGGCACCAGAGCUCUUGGACAAGACUCUGGACCUGCAGGACUGGGGCACAGCCCUCCGGCGAGCUGAUGUUUACUCUCUGGCUUUGCUCCUAUGGGAGAUACUGAGCCGCUGCCCGGAUUUGCAGCCUGACAGCAGACCACCAUCCUUCCAACUGGCCUAUGAGGCAGAGCUGGGCAGCACCCCCACCACUUGUGACCUAUGGACCUUGGCAGUGGAGGAGAGAAGGCGCCCCUACAUUCCAUCCACCUGGCACUGCUUCACCACAGAACCUGGCGGGCUGAGGGAACUCCUAGAGGACUGUUGGGAUGCAGACCCGGAAGCACGGCUGACGGCUGAGUGUGUGCAGCAGCGCCUGGCCACCCUGGCCCAUCCUCAAGAGGCCCACCCCUGCCCAGAGGGCUGUCUACAUGGCUGCCUACCUCUCUGCCCAGAAGACUGUUCCUCAACUCCUGCCCUCUGUUAUGCUCCCUCGUAG